UUGAAUUUUGCAUGUCAAGCUACAGUCAGCUGUUGUUGUGGUCAUCAUCAUCGUAACUGCAUGACUAUUAUGCAGGAACUUCACCAUGUCCCUUACAGACGUGUCAUCUGCAGGCUGACCGUAUAUCAGAGUGUACGGAUCGACCAGAAACACCAACGAGCUGUGCAUAACUGCUAUGAGUGUCAUGCUUGUCAACUAAAUAAGGUUCCUAAUACUGAACAACCCAGUGCAUCUUUGGCAUCACCACAACAGCAGCGUCUGCCUUGUUGUGCAAUACACUAUAGUUUCUGUAAGGUAGUGACCAUACCGCCAAGAUUUUUAAUUGAUAACAUCAAUCUCCGUAAUAACCUCAAACCAAGGAUCAGGAGCAAGAAACCAGGGGUUAAUAACCAGCAAACAGUACACAAGCGUGAUAACACAUGCAUUGUAGAACCCAUUGUAAACGACUUGCAGGCAAAAGGGAGCAACUUUUCAUUGCCAGAACCCUCCAGGGAACCCAAACAAGUGCAAUUAAAAUUACAAUUAUUGGAGGAAAUAUUAUUAAACAAAGAAGCAGUCCAACCAAAACAACAGGCAACACCAAAACAAAAGCAGCCAAAUAGGACUCAAACCACUGUCAAUAUACCACGGUUUUAUUAUCCUUUUGGUAAACCUUUACCUCAAAAUGAAAUUGAUGACAUGUUAUAUAAAGUACGAGAAGAAUUUGGCAAGGGUAAUGAUACUAAACUUCAUAAAAACCAAAUGGGCAAGGUAGCUAAGACUUGUGAAUGCCCAUUAUAUUGGAAAGCACCUUUAUUUAAAGCAGCUGGUGGAGAAGAUGCUACUGUAAAUAGUUUUAUAUCUAUGUGGCAAAAGAUUGUCCAAAAUUGUCACGAUGAAGCUUCUAGGUUUAUCCAACUACUAGCCCAACCUGGAUGUAAUUAUUUAGUCUCUGAAGAUUUCUAUCCGGUUAUACAGGAUAUAGUAGAUUCUCAUCCUGGGCUACAGUUUCUUCAAGAUUCUCCAGAAUUCCAUUCUAGAUAUAUACAUACAGUUAUUGCAAGAAUAUUUUAUUGUGUAAAUAGAUCAUGGACAGGCAGGAUAGUUGCAAAUGAACUUAGAAGAUCAAAUCUUUUGCAGACAAUUCAACUCUUAGAAGAAGAAGAUGAAAUCAAUCAGAUCACAGACUAUUUCUCUUAUGAACAUUUCUACGUCAUUUACUGUAAAUUUUGGGAAUUAGACAUGGAUCAUGAUCUUUUUAUUGACAAAAAAGAUCUUAGUAGACAUAAUGACCAUGCUGUAUCGUCUCGGAUGAUAGAUAGAAUAUUUUCAGGUUCUGUUACAAGGGGAACGAUGCAACAGGAAGGUAAAAUGAGUUACUCGGAUUUUGUUUGGUUUCUCAUGUCAGAAGAAGAUAAAAGGCAUCCUACAAGUGUAGAGUACUGGUUCCGAUGUAUGGACUUAGAUGGAGAUGGUGUCUUAUCUAUGUAUGAAUUAGAAUAUUUUUAUGAAGAACAACUACAAAAAAUGGACAGUCUAGGCAUUGAAACAAUUUGUUUUGAAGAUUGCUUGUGUCAAAUGUUGGACAUGGUAAAGCCAUCAGAGUCAGAUGUCAUUAAAUUGAGUGAUCUAAAAGCUUGUCAUAUGACCAAUAUAUUCUUUGAUACAUUCUUCAAUCUUGAGAAAUACCUGGAACAUGAACAGAGAGAUCCAUUCUCCUCAGCAAGGGACCAUGAUUAUGAUGGCCCUGAACCAUCAGAUUGGGAAAAGUAUGCAGCUGAAGAAUAUGAAUUAUUAGUUGCUGAGGAAAGCGCCAAUGAACCCGAACAAGAGUACCCGGAUGAUUUUGAGCCUGAUGAGGAAGAAGAGGAAGAAGAAGUAACAGCAGUUAAUUCAGCACAGAAAUUUAUCUUACAAGAUCCGCCACACAAACAUAAACUGAACAAUACGCAGUAUAUCAAUCAGAAUGACCUGGAAAUCACAGAUGACUUUUGAAUUGGUAGUACCAUGGUGCUGCAAUAUUUGUCAGCAUGCACGUGCACUGCCUUAGUAUGCAACUCUGCUUCUAGAAAGCAGUGAGUCGGGUACACAGCAUUUCUCCACAAUUUUGUUUAUGCAUCUUGUACAAUUUUUGGUAUAGAUAGAGCUACAGGUAUUACAUUAGUAUACCGGUACAUACUUUAUCAAUGCAUUGAAUGUAUUAAGAAGCUUGGAAUCAAGUA